AUGCCAUGCCAUGCUGUCUUUGCAACCCUCAAGGCCAAGCACGGCUUCCUGCUCGUGCUUGAUGAGGCCCAUGCAACGCUGGUGUGUGGCAGCACGGACGGAGGAGCAGCGGAGGAGAUGGGGGUGAAGCCAGCCGUUUCAAUGUGUGUGAUGCCUCACAUCCCUUCCCCUGCAGGCACAUGCGACGCUAGUGUGUGGCAGCACGGGCGGGGGAGCAGCAGAAGAGAUGGCGCUCCCCUGCGUGACUUCUUUGCCUCUCGAGGCCGCUCCUUCAUCUUCUCCACUGCUCUGCCUGUUCCUGUGGUCGCUGCUGCCAGAGCGGCCCUGGCAGUGGCAGGAGAGGAGCGGUGGAGGCAGAGGGCUGUGUGGUGGCGGGUGAAGCAGCUGGGGCAAGGUCUGGGGGUGACCUUCACGAGCCCCAUCUGCCCCAUUGUGCUCGGCUCAGCUGACCUGGCUCUCCAAGCCAGCAGGCAUCUGCUGCUCUCUGGUUUCCACGUGCCUGCCAUUCGCCCUCCCACUGUUGCUCCUGGCUCCUCACGCUUUGCUGAAUUACUCGUCACGUCUGACCUAAUUGUUCUGUCUUAUCAUCAUCUGUCACUCAUAAUCUUUUCCCUCCCCUCCUCCCCUCCCCCUCCCCUCCCCCUCUCUGUCCCCUCCCCUCUCCCCCUCACUUUCCCUCCCUAUCCCCUCCCAUCUCCCACUCAUCUCCUCUCCCUAUCCCCCAGCCUGCGAGUGGCCCUAUCGGCCUCGCACACACCUGCCCAUGUGAAUGCACUCAUCACGGCGCUCCGCCCCAUCCUCGCCCUCUCUCGCUCCCACUCACGCACAACCCUUUCCCACGCCGUACCCCCUGCGCUCCCUUCUCCCUCUCCCCCUCCUCCUUCCUCCUCUCCUGCACUGCAAGCACACUGCAAGCAGAAGCAGCAGCAGCAGUUGAGGGAAGGGCAGGAGGGGUGGGAGGCGCAGCAGGGGCAGGGUGCCAAGAAUGGAACGAGCAAGAAGGGUGCUUGUAGGUCUGAAUUGUGA